AUGGCAUCGCUCUUCCCCAACACAUCCUACGCGGAAGACCUACCCAGCGCCCACGCCAUCCUCUACCUCCACGUGAUGCGCGCCUCAGCCAUGACCUUCUCCUUCCUCUCGCUCCCACUCAGCGGCGUUACAUUCCUGGUAUCUCGCCUGCGCCGUCAGCCUGUCACCAUCACCACGGCACUGUCGCGCACGCUCCUCAACUGCGGGCGCGGUCUUGUGGUAGGGACUGUUGCCGGCGCGGCAAUGACAUGGGGACGUAUGCGAGGGAGAGAGGAGAUUGAGUGGCAGGACCGGAGCUGGAGAUUGUUGGAGAACAAGGGCGAGGUGGACACGGAUUGGGAGACGAUGGCUGCGACGAGCGCUGGGGCUGUGGCUGGCGUGGUGGCUGCGAGGAGAGGUGUGCUUCCUGUGAGCUUGGGGAAUGCGGCACUGGGCGGCGCUGGGGUGGGGUUGAGCAGUGGUGUGUUGUUCAUGAUUGGGACGUAUGCUGCGGGGAGGAAACCUGCCUAA